UCACUCUGAAGCCUACCGAUGGGAGCCGGGCCGGGGGGGGAGGGGGCACCCCCCAGAGACGCGGCCCCGCCCCGCUUCUCGCUCCAGCCCUGCAGGGAGCGCGCGCGGGCCCUGACCAGACCCGCCUGGCAAAGCGGCCCAGUCUCACGAGAUAAAAGCGCGACCCCGCCUUUCCAAAACAAGCCCCCCAACGAGCAGUCCGCGGCGGCCGGAGCUUCCCCCGGGCCAGCCGGCCCUGGCCCGCGGCGGCCGCUAGAGGGCGCCGGUGCCCUUGGGAGCGGUGCGUCGUGACGCACCACGCGCGCGCGGUGACGCAGCACGGCGGCCGGGCGGGCGCCGCGUGAUCAUCUGGUCCGGCGGCCGCUGCGGCGCGAGUGACUUUGGCAGCGACCGCACCCGGGAUGGAGCCGCUGGAUCGCUGCGCCCGGCCGCUGCGCACCGUCCUGGUGCAGAGCUCGGUGCGGCUGUGGCUGCCCUGGGGCCUGCUGGGCCUCACGCUGGGCGGCUCCCUCCUGAAGGCGCUGGCGCUGCCGCCCGACUCCUACAUGAGCAGCAAGCGCAACCUGCUCAACAUCUAUUUUGUCAAAUUGGCAUGGGCCUGGACGUUCUGGCUGCUGCUACCCUUCGUUGCCAUCACCAACUACUGUCUCAGCCAAAAUGUCCUGGGGGUGCUGCGGCGUCUCAGCACCUUGCUGGUGGGCACCAUGGUCUGGUAUGUCUGCACUAGUCUCUUCGUGCACAUAGAGGAUUUCACUGGCAACUGCUACAAAUCACCAGCACUUGAUGUGCUGUUCCAGGAGCACCCCAGCAAGUGGCAAUGCCACCAGGGUGGUGGCUUCUGGCAUGGCUUCGACAUCUCAGGGCACUCCUUCCUCCUCGCAUACUGUGCCCUGAUGAUUGUGGAGGAGAUGGCGGUGCUGCAUGUCCUGAACACUGACCGGAGCCCAAGAUUACAUGCAGUGGUCAAUGCCCUGUUCGUUGCCUUGAGCUUUCUGACCCUGAUCUGGGUCUGGAUGUUUUUUUGCACUGCUGUAUAUUUCCAUGACUUCUCCCAAAAAUUGUUCGGCACCCUAGUGGGUCUGUCAGCCUGGUAUGGAACAUACAGGUUCUGGUACUUGAAAUCCUUUUCUCCUGGACUUCCUCCCCAAAACGCUAACUUGAGUUCAAAGAAGCCUAAUUGUAGCAGAUAAAAAUUUCUGUAAUUCAGAUUUUGUUUUAAAUACAGGAAUACUAAUUUGUCCAAUGCUCUCUUUUUUUUUUUUUUUUUUUUUUUUGAAAAGAGCAUAUUUAAGGGGAUGGGAAGAAAGGCCUAUAGUCUUUACAGUCUGAUGCCUGGCUUGUGGCUAUGGUCCAGUUCCUGGUGAGCAAAUGUUGAUAUCACAGAACUGCCUACCGUGAUUGGGUGUAAUUGGCUACCUAACUGAAAUCUGAGCAAAGAGGCCAAGGGUUGGAUCCAGCCUGGAGACUGAAUUCUCUUCUCCCUUUCUGGGGGUCCUGCUGGGGCAAGCUUGAGGCCCAUUGGCAAGGUGAUGUAAAGAAAGCCUGCACUGCUACUACCUAUGCUCUCUCUAUCUGUUCUGUCAAUAAACAGAGGAUCCAGGAUUGGCAGAGGUCUUCAGUCUUUAGAGCUGUCAACCCAACACCUUUCACUGAUCUGAAAUUCAUCAUUCUCUUCCCCACCCCAUUUUUUUUUUUUUUAAGAUAAAUAUUUCACAUGGUCCAAACCUUAUGCUCGGUUUUAAUUCUGACUUUUUGAAUACUCCACUUGUGAUCUUUACAAGUGUUCCGGGAGCAGUAUAAUGGUGCUAACUAUUGCAGCAGACUUUUAAUUGGCAAUCAAAAUGCAUUUAUUAAAGCAGAAUGUAGCUGGGUUGUGAAACUGGAGCACCUCACAUUCUCAGACUGUUAAAUACUUUCGCUUCCCAUAAAGCUUUUAAUUGACUCCUCCUCUCAAUCUUUGAAAAUGAAAUUCCUAAGAAAUAAGUUUUAUUACUUCAGAUGAUGAUAAAAAAUUUGAUUUGCCCCUUUAUUCUUAACACUAAUUGUAAAAGUAGCAAGAUGGUAUGUUUUCUUAAAAUGUAAUAAGACGACUCCUCCCAGUUCUCUAACUGGCUUGUACAAAAAUGUUAAUGAUUUAAAAGAUUUUUUUUUUCAGAUGUUAUAAGUUGCAAAUUUUGUAUUUGCAAUAAAAAAAGCUCUGUUUGAUGUGUUCCUUUCACACGCCCAGCGGAUUUCUGGCCUUAUGUAACAAGUGGACCCACUAUAUCUUGAAUCAUUCUGUUUGCUAGGGGUUGUAUGUAAUAUAGCGUUUCUGCAAAGGGUACUGUAGCAAUAUGCUUAAAGAAAUAUUUAUUCUUAUCUUUUUGUUGGCAUCAAUAAGCUAUUUUAACUGCAUACUAAGUUGUGGCAAAAAGUGGUAGUCAGUAAAACCCUAUUAUUAUGAUGUACAAAUUGGGAUGUCUAUGUUCUGUCCUUCAUGUGAGAUGGACAUUUAGCAUAAUUUUUAGUUUAAAAAAGUUUUAUCUUGUUUUACAAAAGCCUUAUUCAUGUCACGAGUAGACAAACCAAAAUCAGUUUCAUAACAGUAAUAGUGAGUCCAGCAGGCUAUCAAAAGCUUUUGGUAGCUCAUCUGUAUGUCUUCUAAAUUGUAGUUAGUUCUAGUAGCACAGUACUGGACCUAAUUUUCUACAUCACUUGAUUUUGAGUUGAGUGUUUUGCUGCCUUUAGGACAAGGGGUUCCAUACCCUGAUCUUAAUAUGUUCAUGUUGCCACCUUAACACUUUUUUCCUAGCCAGAAAGGGAGACUGUCCUGAAAAUACAAACAGAUUAAUUUCUCAUUUGGGGCCUGAUCCUUUGAAAUGCUGACUUCUCUCUGUUCCCAUUGAAUCAAGUGAUGGUUGAGGGUCCUCGGGAGCUCCCAGAAGGCACAAAGCAGAUCUCAGGAUCAGGCUGUCUCAUGAGAUUCCUGUGAGUAGGUGAAAAGUACAGCUUUGUAUUUUCGGUUGUUCUUUGGGUAUGUCUACGCUUUGAGCGAGAGGCGUAAUGUUCAGCUCAAGGAGACAUACCUGCAAUAGCUCUGUUCAAGUUAUCACACUAAAAACAGAAGUGUAGGCAUGGUGGCAGAAAGUGGCAGCCACCCUGAGUACGAUGCUGUCCAAGACUCUCUAAGAACAUACUCAGGUGGCUAGCUCAACAUGCUGCCAUGGCUACACAGCUAUUUUUAGUGUGCUAGAUCAAUCUGAGAUAAUCUCUUCAAUCUGGAAAUUACACCUCCAGUUCGAACUAUAGACAGAUCCAUUGUGUCAAACCAUCUUUCAGCUGCUUUAUUGGACACCUUGUCUACAUGAGAAAGUUGCAUCAGUUUAAUUAAAUCGGCAUUUAAACUGAUAUAGUUAAACUAAUGUGAAACCCUGUGUGGACACUCUUAUUUUGGUUUAUCUUAAACCUGUUCCCAGUAGAUUUAAACAAAACUGCUAAAAGCCCAGACUCCUGGCUGCAGGCACCCCAAGAUCCCGCUCUUUCCUGAACUGAUAUUUAUACUCUUUUAUACUGACAUGAGAGGCCACACAUGGGUUAUAUCAGUUUUAUUAUAUCUGUUUAAAUUAUGCUGGUACCACAUUCCCAUGUAGAUAAGGCCUGAGUAGAACCCCAGUAUUACUAAAAGCUAUGCAGUUAAACUGACAGGCUUUUAAAACUUAAAUUAAAAUUAGCUUCCCCUCUGGAAAACACUAUUUUUGUGCAAUCUGUGUUUACAAAUACUUCCAUUCACCUAACCAGUGUGUCAUAGUAACUAUGUUUAUUAUUAUUAUUAUUAUUAAAAUUAAUAGCAUAGGAUAUGGAAAUGCUUGAAACUUUACUGUAACCUCAGUGCUAGUAUGUUAGACAAAUGUAACUGAUCAAAUUCACCAAGAGGAUUUACAAGGGGUUGUGUGGUUGAGGUUCAAUUUCUGGAGCCUCUAAAGAUAAGUUAAGGGCCCGCUGCUGCUACUUGUGCCCACGUAGUUAAUGGGACUACUUGCAUGAGUAAAGACUACUCUGGUGAGUAAGUAUUGCAGGAUAAGACUUUUAAGUUUGUCAUUGAGAAUUCCAAUGGUAUUUGGACACAUCAGUAGGGUCCAAAUUUUCGAAAAUAUGAGGCACGAAAGUGUAUGAGCAAAAUGAGUGUUCUAACGUGUGUCCACUGUGCAGGCUGAUUGUUUAAUUGUCUACACAUAAAUACCAUCUGAGCAAACUAUCUUAGUAAUACACCUGCACUUUGUGCUCCUAGAGUGAAAACUUUGCCCCAUUGAAGUCAAUGGCAAAACUCCAACUGUGUGGCCUGGAUUUCGUUCCUAAUAUGUUAGAAAAUCUCGGGGGUAGGUGUCCAGUCUCGGUACAGAGGCCACACGUUUACCAUUGACUCGGAGAGUUCAUUUGCUGUGUUCAGAUAUUGGAACUUUUCUUUUGUGCCUUUUGAUCAUACCACAAGCAGAUGAUCCCGUCCUUUUCGUUUUCAAUAUUAAUCUAAUAGCUGUCUGUGGAAUUCAACAGCAGGAAAUCUUCUGUCCACGUAUAUUUUUUUCUCUUUAUUUGGGGGGUAGUUUAUAUUUACCACUGGAAUGAAAAUUCAGUCCCUCCACAUGAGGGGUAAAUUUUCAGCAGAGAAGAAAACUCCACUCUAAACAGCUGGAUUUGAUGUGGAUUGCUGCCAAGUGGACAGAUCUUUUCUUUGAACUUGCUGGAAAUACAUUUGGAAUUUGCCUGAGUUUUAAAAACUAAAACCUGGAAAAAAUAUUGGAGAGGACAAUAUUCAAAUCUUGUAGUGGAUGGUGAUAUGAAGCAAUUGUAAUCAUGAAUUUAUAACUCAUAACAGCCUUGUUUGACUUCCUGAAUUAAAGUCUCUUGCCUACGUUCA